AUGAUAAUGCCAUCACUCAUCUCAUCUCUGACGACGGCACUAUUACUGGCAUCUGGAAUUCAUGCCGUUCCACAAGGACCGUUUGGAGCUGAGACUGGGGUUGUAAGCGCGGUGCCAACAGCUUCAGCGUCGACGGCCGGCAUAGCCGCUUCUCAACCAACAACAUCAUCAGCGUCAUCAAGCAAUGUCGCCAGCGGUAUCUCAGCUUGCAAUAACUCACCGUUGCUAUGCGAUCGCGCCUACAACAAUGUCACGCACAUGGGCGCGCACGAUUCAUCCUUUCUCAAAGAUGCCAGCACCGGCAACAGCUUAGCUGGCAACCAAUAUUUCAAUGCCACAGUCGCCCUCGACGCCGGCAUCAGACUGCUUCAAGGUCAAGUCCACUACGUCAACGAGACACUCCGGCUAUGUCACACCAGCUGCUCCCUGCUCGACGCAGGACCACUCCAAGACUGGCUGGCCAAGAUCAAGUUCUGGAUGGACACCAACCCCAACGAGGUGGUGACGAUCCUACUCGUCAAUUCCAACAACAAGCUCGUCUCCGACUAUGCGGCCGUGUUCGAGGGAUCCGGAAUUUCCACCUAUGGCUAUCAGCCUGCUGACGGCAGCACAGCCAGCACGGCCUGGCCCACGCUCGGAGAGAUGAUCACCUCCAACAAGCGUCUGGUCAGCUUCAUCGCCUCCAUCGACUACUCCACCACUUAUCCGUACCUGCUGAGCGAGUUCGACCACGUCUUUGAAAACCCCUAUGACGUCCUCAGUCUGAGCGGGUUUAACUGUACUCUCGACCGGCCCAAGGGGCAAGGGACAGCGGAAAAUGCUAUCGCGUCCGGGCGGAUGCCGUUGAUGAACCACUUUGCCUAUAGCGUGCUUAUGGAGGGUGUCCAAAUUCCCGAUGAGACGAACAUUGACAUCACCAACAGCGCGGACACUACCGCCACGGGAAACCUGGGACUGCACGCUGAUACCUGUGUCAAGCAAUGGGGAGUGAAGCCGACCUUCAUCCUGGUGGACUUUUUCGAUCACGGACCGGCGAUCGAUACGGCCGAUCGGCUAAACGGGAUCACGGCCACGGGGAGGAAGUCGACGUCUGCGGAGAGUAAGGAGAGCACGAGCGGCGCUGGGGAGAACAAGGCAAUGGACAUCAAUGCGGCGCUGGUGGCUUUUGUAGGCUUUGCUUUGGCGAUGGUGUAA